UAAAAUAGGUUAUCGAUAUUAUCAUCUCUAAUUUGUUGGCAAAUUUUUUGUUUAGAGUCUGAAAAUCUAGGAAAAUUGGAUAAAUAUUGUUAAAAAUAGUGGAAAAUGAUACACAGUGUGUUUAUUGUAAACAAUAGUGGGGAUGUUUUUCUUGAAAAACAUUGGCGUUCAGUUGUGUCCCGUUCCGUAUGUGACUAUUUCUUGGAUGCCCAAAGGAAUUCCCAAAAUGAUGUGCCUCCCGUAAUUCCUACACCCCAUUACUACUUAAUUACGGUUCAACGUAAAGGCAUUUCAUUGGUGGCCGCCUGCAAACAAGAAGUGCCACCAUUGUUUGUUAUUGAAUUUUUACAUCGUGUCAUAGACACAUUUGAAGACUAUUUUGGAGACUGUUCCGAGUCGAUAAUCAAGGAAAACUAUGUUCUGGUCUAUGAACUUUUGGAUGAAAUGUUAGAUAACGGCUUUCCAUUGGCUACUGAAAGUAAUAUUCUAAAGGAGUUGAUAAAACCACCAAAUAUUUUGCGGACAAUUGCCAAUACUGUGACCGGCAAGAGUAAUGUUAGCACAACUUUGCCCCAAGGACAAUUAUCCGCCAUUCCAUGGAGGAGAAGUGGCGUGCGUUACACAAACAAUGAGGCCUACUUUGAUGUUAUAGAAGAAGUUGAUGCUAUAAUUGAUAAAUCUGGAUCAACGGUAUUUGCUGAAAUUCAAGGAUAUAUUGAUUGCUGUAUCAAAUUGUCGGGAAUGCCAGAUCUCACACUGUCCUUUAUGAAUCCACGUUUAUUCGAUGAUGUUUCAUUCCAUCCCUGUGUACGUUUCAAACGUUGGGAAGCAGAACGUUUGUUGAGUUUUAUACCACCCGAUGGUAAUUUCCGUUUAAUGUCCUAUCACAUUAGCUCACAAUCUGUGGUGGCUAUACCAAUUUAUAUACGUCAUAAUUUCUCCAUAAAAACUGGUGAACAAGGACGUUUGGAUUUAACUGUAGGUACACGUACCCUUAUGGGUCGUGCGGUGGAUAAGGUAAAACUGGAAAUCGCUAUGCCCAAGUGUGUUUUGAAUUGUAUAUUGACACCAAAUCAAGGAAAAUAUACAUUUGAUUCGGUAUCGAAGACAUUGAUCUGGGAAGUCGGGCGCAUAGAUGUUACCAAUUUACCCAACAUUAGGGGAACGGUCUCCAUUCCUCCGGGCACACCUAGUUUGGGAUCCAAUCCCACCAUAAACGUGCAAUUUACCAUCUCACAAAUGGCUGUAUCCGGACUUAAAGUCAAUCGUUUAGAUAUGUACGGUGAAAAGUAUAAACCUUUCAAAGGUGUUAAAUAUAUUACAAAGGCUGGCAAAUUCCAAGUCCGAAUGUAAACACA